ACAAUGUGCAAUAUAAGUAAAGAGCAGUACUCCACAUUUUUUGAUAUUUCUCUGCCUAUUCGCUCUAUUGAUGGAAAGACAUCAUAUGACUCGCUGGAAUAUGCAAUAGAACAAUAUUUAAGACCUGAAAUAUUAGAUGAACAUUUUUGUGACAUUUGUGGAAAAAAAUGCAAAUUCCUUAAAGGGCAAAAAUUUAAAGAGCUCCCAUAUAUUUUAUGUUUUCAUCUAGGUAGGACUACCUAUAACAUAAACAGUCUAAAACCUGAAAAAAUAAAUGACAAAGUAUCUUUUCCAUUUAUCAUUUCAAUGGAUGUGGAUGGCUAUAAUUCCAUAUUUGAAUUAUACGGAGUGAUCAUUCAUAAAGGUGAAGCCACUUUUGGGCACUAUUACUCAUACAUAAAAGAUUUCAAGUCGGGACAAUGGUUUGAAUGUAAUGAUGAUAUUAUUACUACCAUACCACCACAUAAAAUUGAAAGUGCUUUUAGCGGAAAAUCAAGCGCAUAUAUGAUAAUGUAUCGACUUUUUGAUCGAAACAGAAAUCGAGAAGCUUACACAAUUGAGGAACUCCCAGCGCAUUUAAAAUGAUACUAAGAAAACAAAAAAAACUUUAGAUGCUCUAUUGAUGAAUAAAUUGAAUGCUGAUGGUCCUGAAUAAGUCGCAUAUUAUAAUGUAAUUUGUGUUCCUUAUUAGUUUUUUGUUGAAUUACCUUGAGA